AAGGGUCGUUAGCCAGCUAGUAUGUUCUGACUCAGCAUUUGCUCUCAACCAACUGACCCAGCACUGUACUGCUAGCUAGCUAUGUCUACGUCUGUGAUUGGAGAUGAGGAGAGUUCAUUGCAGCAUACAGGAGAGGAUGAAACACCUAGCAUUCUAACUAAGCCGGAUAUGAACGGAGAAGCCAUCACCAACCAAGAACCAUCAGAUGCUAGUGUGUUGUCAGCCUCAGAGUUGCCUGACAUCGUCCCAACACCUACACAGGCUGAGAGUCAGACUAGCAAUGAGCCAACUAGCAAUGAGCCGACUAGCAAUGAACCCACCUCUAGCAAAGACGAGGCGUCACUUGACAACGACUGGGUCGACAUUCUUGGGAACCAACAGCUCAUGAAGAAGGUUAUUCGUAAUGGGGGCGGAGUGUCUACUAGACCCACCCCCCAGUCUCGUGUGAAAGUCUCCGCUAGAGGGUGUCUGGAGUCGGGAGAGGUGGUGGACAAACACAAGACAUUUGUGUUUACCGUGGGAGAUGGUGAUGUCAUUCAAGCACUGGACCUUAGCGUCACUCUCAUGGAAACUGGUGAACUUAGUGAAGUAAAAAGUGGCCCAAGAUUUGCAUUUGGAAGCAGUGGAAGAGAGCCUGACGUGCCCCCAAACGCCACUUUGCUGUAUGAGGUGGAACUGCUGGAGGUGUUGGGGCCUCUCGACUAUCAGACCAUCUCACAAGAAGAGCUACUGGCAGCUGUAGACAAAAAAAGGGUUCGUGGAAAUGAGCUUUUUAAGAGGCAAGAGUUCGACCGAGCAGUCACUUCAUACCAAAGGGGACUACAGAUGCUCAAGUCUUACAUUGAAGAGCAUGCUGGAGAGGGCAGCAAAGAGAUUCAAGAUAUGGAGAUACGGUGUUGGAACAAUGUCGCUGCUGCCCAACUAAAGGUGGAGAUGUAUAAAGAAGUGCUUGUAUCCUGUGGCCAUGUGCUGGACAAGGAUCCUGACAAUGUUAAAGCUCUCUUUCGAUCGGGGAAGGUGCUUUCGCAGCAAGGUGAGAUGGACGAUGCCGUCAAGAGGCUCCAAAGGGCAGCUGGUAUCAAUCCCGAGGAGAAAGCCAUUAAACAAGAGUUGGCAAGGGCAGUGCAGAAGAGAGACCAUAUGAAGGAGAAAGAGAAGGCCAUGUACAGACGGAUGGUGGAGGGGAAACCUUCUACUAAGAGCGACAAGAGCAAGCCUAAACAAGGAGCUCCUAGCUGGGGUCCCCUGCCCUACCUGACAGCAGCUAUGGUAGUGGCUGCCAUAGGCAUUGGAAUGGCCUACUUUAUCACACAAAGACAUUAACAAUCUCUAUGUAUAGGAGUAAUUAUUCCCAAAUUGCAAAUUGUUUGUGUAAUUUUUCUCAAUGUUUAUGUAUAAAGAUCGUUAACUCAA